UGUAUAAAAGGCGGUGAAAAUUCGAAGAGCAUCAGUUUAUACAAAACAUUUGAAGUGAAAAGAUUGACUGAGAAGAGGAGAAGUCAGAAAGUUUUUGUGCAAAGUUUAAAAAGAAAGAAAACUAUUCAAAGCAAUAUAUAAGCAAUAUAUAUUAAAACUUAAAUUGAAUUGAAUUAAAAAUUUUAAAUUGAAAAAUUACUAUCAAAUAUCAAUAAACAAGAAUACAUAUAAAGAAAGAAAAUGUCAGCAAUUGGAAUUGAUUUGGGAACAACAUACUCAUGUGUCGGUGUAUUCCAGCACGGAAAAGUUGAAAUCAUCGCUAAUGACCAGGGCAAUCGUACAACACCCAGCUAUGUUGCGUUCACAGAUUCUGAGCGAUUGAUUGGUGACGCCGCUAAGAACCAAGUGGCAAUGAAUCCAAAGAAUACAGUAUUCGACGCUAAACGAUUGAUUGGCCGCAAAUAUGAUGACCAGAAAAUACAAGAAGAUAUGAAACAUUGGCCAUUUAAAGUGGUAAACGACAGUGGUAAACCAAAAAUUAACGUCGAAUUCAAAGGCGAACAGAAGAGAUUUGCACCCGAAGAGAUAAGCUCAAUGGUGUUAACUAAAAUGAAAGAAACAGCUGAAGCAUAUCUUGGUACAACAGUGAAAGAUGCAGUCAUCACAGUACCUGCCUAUUUUAAUGAUUCGCAGCGUCAAGCGACAAAAGAUGCUGGUGCAAUAGCUGGUCUUAAUGUGUUACGUAUAAUAAAUGAACCGACAGCUGCUGCAUUAGCGUAUGGGCUAGACAAGAACUUGAAGGGCGAACGGAACGUUUUAAUAUUUGAUUUAGGUGGCGGUACAUUCGAUGUUUCGAUUUUGACAAUUGAUGAAGGAUCUCUGUUCGAAGUGCGAUCUACGGCUGGUGAUACACAUUUGGGUGGUGAAGAUUUCGACAACAGAUUGGUGAAUUAUUUGACUGAUGAAUUUAAGCGUAAAUACAAAAAGGAUUUGCGCUCAAAUCCAAGAGCACUUCGUCGUCUGCGAACAGCUGCUGAACGUGCCAAACGUACUUUAUCCUCUAGUACUGAAGCAACAAUCGAAAUUGAUGCAUUAUUUGAGGGUAUUGAUUUCUAUACGAAAAUAAGUCGAGCACGCUUUGAAGAGCUCUGUGCAGAUUUAUUCCGCAACACAUUGCAACCAGUAGAAAAAGCGUUGACAGAUGCAAAAAUGGAUAAGAAUCAAAUUCAUGAUAUUGUAUUAGUUGGUGGAUCUACUCGUAUACCGAAAGUACAAAACUUACUUCAAUCAUUCUUCUGUGGCAAGAGUUUAAAUUUGUCAAUUAAUCCUGACGAAGCUGUCGCUUAUGGUGCAGCUAUUCAAGCAGCCAUACUGAGUGGAGAUAAGAGCAGUCAAAUACAAGAUGUACUACUAGUUGACGUUGCUCCGCUUUCGUUGGGUAUUGAAACUGCUGGUGGUGUUAUGACAAAGUUAAUAGAACGUAAUAGUCGCAUUCCAUGUAAACAAACAAAAACAUUCACCACUUAUGCUGAUAACCAACCUGCAGUCACUAUUCAAGUAUUUGAAGGUGAACGAGUCAUGACAAAAGAUAACAAUCUUCUUGGAACAUUCAAUUUAACUGGCAUACCACCAGCUCCUCGUGGAGUUCCUAAAAUUGAUGUCACCUUCGAUUUGGAUGCAAAUGGCAUCUUAAAUGUUGCAGCAAAAGAGAUGAGUACUGGUAACGUAAAGAACAUAACCAUCAAAAAUGAUAAGGGUCGUUUGUCGCAAAGUGAAAUUGAUCGAAUGGUAAAUGAAGCUGAGAAGUAUGCCGAAGAAGAUGAAAAAGCGAGACAGCGAAUCGCCGCACGAAAUCAACUUGAAACUUAUGUAUUUAAUGUUAAACAGGCCAUAGAUGAUGCUGCUGAUAAAUUAGAUCAAUCGGAUAAGAAUAAUGUGGUUGAGAAAUGCAAUGAAACCAUAAAAUGGCUCGAUAACAACACCACAGCUGAGAAAGAAGAAUAUGAAUAUAGAAUGGAGGAAUUAACUAAAAUUUGUAGUCCGAUUAUGACAAAGAUGCACCAACAGGGCAAGGGCAAACCAGGCACAGAACCAACCAGUUGCGGUCAACAAGCCGGAGGUUUUGGUGGUGGCAACUACAGAGGUCCAACUGUUGAAGAAGUUGACUAAAUGCCAAAGAUUUGUAAAUUGUAAAUUGUAAACUUUAAAUUGUAAAUAUUGUAAUUUAGUGAAAACUUAUUUUUAGAUGUAGAUGUAUAUGUUAAUUUGAUCUAUCGAUGAAAUUGUAUUACUUAAAGACUGUGUUCUAGUUUAAAUAUUUAUUUAAUAAAUAAGUUUGUUAACUAAGUGUAAGUUAACUUUAAGUACAAUAUUUAGUUUAAAAUAAAGUCUAAAAUUUU